AUGGCGAGAUCCCCCACCGUCGCCGCCAUGUUCUCCACCGUCGGAUCUCUCUCACUCUUCACCUUCGCCUUCGCCUUCGCCUUCGCCUUCGCCUUCGCCUGCCUUCUCCUCUCCCCCGCCUCCGCCUCCGAGCCGGAUCACAAGUAUCAAGCAGAAGAAGCAGUUACCCUUUGGGUAAACAAAGUUGGCCCUUAUAACAAUCCACAAGAAACCUACAAUUACUACAGUCUCCCGUUCUGUCGUCCAUCUGAUAAUGCUGCUCACAAAUGGGGUGGUCUUGGUGAAGUCUUGGGUGGAAAUGAACUUAUUGAUAGCCAGAUUGACAUAAAGUUUGGAAAAAAUGUGGAUAGGGCUACCAUUUGUCAGCUUGAACUUGAUGAUCAUAAGGUUAAACAAUUCAAGGAUGCAAUUGAGAAUAGUUACUGGUUUGAGUUUUUCAUGGAUGAUCUGCCUUUAUGGGGCUUUGUUGGUGAGUUGCACCAGGAUAAGAACAGUGAAAAUGGCAAACAUGUUCUUUUCACACACAAAAAUAUUAUUAUCAAGUAUAAUAAAGAUCAGAUAAUUCAUGUCAAUCUCACUCAAGAUAGUCCAAAGCCGCUGGAAGCGGGGAAGAAAUUGGAUCUGACGUACUCUGUCAAAUGGAUUCCAACCCCUAUCACCUUUGCACGUCGCUUUGAUGUAUAUUUGGACUACCCAUUUUUCGAGCACCAAAUCCAUUGGUUCUCCAUUUUCAAUUCGUUCAUGAUGGUUAUAUUCCUUACUGGUUUGGUGUCAAUGAUAUUGAUGCGCACUCUUCGGAAUGACUAUGCAAAAUAUGCUCGGGAAGAUGAUGACCUAGAGACCCUGGAAAGAGAUGUUAGUGAAGAGUCUGGCUGGAAACUUGUGCAUGGGGAUGUUUUUCGUCCUCCUCGGAGUUUGGUUAUUCUUUCAGCUGUAGUUGGUACUGGAGCUCAGUUGGCGUUACUUGUUCUCCUUGUCAUUUUACUGGCAAUUGUUGGGAUGUUGUAUGUCGGGAGAGGUGCAAUUGUUACAACUUUCAUAGUGUGUUACGCUCUCACAUCUUUCAUUUCUGGUUAUGUAAGUGGUGGGAUGUAUUCACGGCAUGGGGGUAAAAACUGGAUAAAGUCAAUGAUUCUCACAGCAUCUUUAUUUCCAUUUAUGUGCUUUGGAAUUGGGUUCGUCUUGAAUACAAUUGCCAUAUUCUAUGGGUCUCUAGCAGCUAUUCCAUUCGGCACUAUGGUGGUUGUCUUUGUCAUUUGGGGUUUCAUCUCAUUUCCUUUAGCGCUCCUUGGUACGGUUGUUGGAAGAAACUGGAGUGGUGCUCCUAAUAAUCCUUGUCGUGUCAAAACCAUUCCUCGUCCAAUUCCUGAGAAAAAAUGGUACUUGACACCAUCUGUGGUGUCGAUGAUGGGAGGGCUUUUACCCUUUGGAAGCAUAUUCAUUGAAAUGUACUUUGUCUUCACGUCCUUCUGGAAUUACAAGGUGUACUAUGUCUAUGGCUUUAUGCUGCUUGUGUUUCUGAUUCUCAUCAUUGUUACUGUAUGCGUGACGAUUGUGGGGACCUACUUCUUGCUUAAUGCUGAGAAUUACCACUGGCAAUGGACUUCUUUCUUUUCUGCUGCAUCAACGGCUGUCUAUGUGUACUUGUAUUCAGUAUAUUACUACUAUGCAAAGACCAAGAUGUCAGGUUUCUUCCAGACAAGCUUCUAUUUUGGAUACACUUUGAUGUUUUGCCUUGGCUUAGGGAUCCUCUGUGGUGCUGUUGGAUAUUUGGGUUCAAAUUUGUUUGUGAGGAGGAUCUACAGAAACAUCAAAUGCGACUAGAAUUUCUGUAAUGGGACCAGGGAUGGAGCUUCCCUGUGUAGAAUGGUCGUUUGUUGAGGCAAAAGAUUCAUGUAGAACGGCAUGUGAUAAGGAAUGGGGACUUGAUAAUGUUAAUGGCAGAAAUCGCAGGGUGUGAGGAUGGGGAUGUAUUUUUUCUCUGGAUUAGGGGAAAGCCCUGAGAUUUUUCCUUUUUGUUUUCCCCGGCUGUAAGUGGAGGCCUUGAUUUAGAUUCGCAGAGAUUGUUUUAUAAUCGAAGAAAGUUAAGUUAGCAGAUGUCAUUGAACUCCUGUCACUUUUAUUAUUUUCUUUUUUUUUUUCACUACCUUUUACCAAAUAGGUUGCCCCCGUUACUCUUUCUAUCUCCACGUCUUUGGGAUGAACGAAAGGAGGGGGAAUGAACUUUGUGCGUCUGAGUUAUGUAACGACUUGUGAAUUUUGAUUCUAUCUUAUAUACCUUGCAUAUAUACGUUCACUGUCAUCAGGAAAAUGGAUGCAUGGUAUGCUCUAUGUGAAUUGCUUGCUUUGC